GUUUGCUGAGGAUGGAGACUGAUGGAUGUGCGCGUCCUCAUCGUCAUGGGAAAUAGACUCGAUGAUGCACAGUGUGCGGUCGCGCGUCUUUGAAACGGACCGUAAACUAUGUGUUUCAAGUGGAGGAGAGGCAACUGAGGUGAGUUUAAGAGAAUGUCUGAGGUUAAUGCUCCCACAGAAGAAGUCUCUGUAACACCCCCAGAUUUGGAGACUCCGCCCGUAAGGUCUCAUAGAGGGCCUGUGAUUGGUGGACUGCAUUUGCGUUCUGCACCAGGGGCCUGUUUGUUGUUUGCUGGCGUUUUGCUAAUAGUAGGAAUCGGCGUCGCUGUGGGAGGUUAUUGGAACAGUCAGCCCCGUCGACAAACAAUACAUCAUGUUUCAACUGGACGCACCUCUUCAGAGAAACUGAAGCUGAUUGGUCCUGUCAUCAUGGGGGUGGGGCUUUUCAUCUUUAUUUGUGCCAAUACAAUUCUCUAUGAAAAUCGCGACCGAGAACGUCGUAAACGAGGCCAACGUAAAGACGACCAGGAGAUCCUGCUAGUACAAACUCAUAGGAAUAAUUCAAAACGCUUCUCACGAACAGAAACGAACACUAGCACGCAUACACUGGACUUGUCUGAACUCAACAUCCACUGUUUAGAAGACGGGGCCGGAAUUGCAACCCUAAAGUGUUCUUUGUCGUCCUCUGGCUCAUGUAGCUCUAGUCAAGUGAACUUGGAAUCUGGAUCACUCUUCCGAGAUUGCAGAAACAUGGAAAGAUUGGCCUUGCCUGUGAUUAAAGUCAAUGACUGCCUGAUUGCUUCCUCAGACCCGGUGCCUCCACCUCUUCCUGAACGGACUUACCGGAACAAGAUGGGAGUGGAAAAUGUAACAAAUGUGGAGCUAACACAAGUGAAUCUUGCGGAUUCAUCUCUAAUGACACUGAACAAGGAAGAGCCAAAAGAUCUGUUGUGCUCAUUAAGGUCCGCAUAGUGAAUAUACUGAAUAUAUAUUGAGUAUUUCUCGAUUCUGGUUCAUUUGGGUGUUUUUCUGUUAUAAUGUCCAUUUGGCUUAGUGUUUCGAAUGGAUUCAAGCUAACUCACUCAUUUUCAUGUUGGCUUCACUGGUCACACUGUGUUUUUGAGUCACCAAAAAAACCCAACUCAUAAGAGUCAUUAGUUUGUGAACUGUACUAAACUGGUCACAUAUGUCUGUUUGUUAAUAUACAGACCUGUUUGUCAAGGUAACUUAAAAUCUCUGUCAGGUUUGAGCUUAGAUUAGGUUAAACCUUAGUUUAUGGUUUUCUGAAAGAAAUAGUUGAUUUUCAUGUAGAUGAGUAAAUUCUCAUUUGAUUCCGGUGUCUUUUUCAUACAGUUGCUUUGUAAACACAUUCAAUGUU